AUGCCGAUGCUCAAGGAUCCCUCCAAAAAAUACAAAAAAUUCCAGCCAAUUGACCUGCCAAACCGUCAAUGGCCAAGCAAGACCAUUGACAAACCACCACGAUGGCUGGCCACAGAUCUCAGAGAUGGAAAUCAGAGUUUGGUCGACCCAAUGAAUGGGGAGCAAAAACUUCGAUUUUUUCGCAUGCUAGUUGGCAUCGGAUAUAAAGAGAUUGAAGUCUCGUUUCCAUCAGCAUCCCAGACUGAUUUCGACUUUACGCAGCAUCUCAUAAAAACUCCCGGAACCGUCCCAGAUGAUGUCUGGCUACAGGUUCUCUCGCCCUGCCGCGAGGAGUUCAUCCGACGCACCGUCGACUCCUUAAAAGGUGCAAAGAAAGCCAUUCUCCACAUCUACCUUGCUACAAGUUCAUGCUUCCGACGCAUCAUCUUCAAUAUGACCAAGGAACAGAGUAUGGAAAUGGCGGUGCGGUGUACGAAGUACGCUCGCUCUAUUACAAAGGAUGACCCAGCAACUGCAGGCACAGAAUGGCGAUUUGAAUUCUCCCCCGAGACUUUCUCCGAUACCGAUCCUGAGUUUGCCCUGCAGGUAUGUGAGGCCGUUAAGGAAGCAUGGGGACCAAGUGAAGAGGCACCCAUCAUCUUCAACCUGCCGGCUACCGUGGAGAUGUCGACCCCUAAUGUAUACGCUGACCUGAUUGAAUAUUUCUCAACCCACAUCUCUGAGAGGGAAAAGGUCUGUAUCUCCUUACAUCCACAUAACGACCGAGGAUGUGCUGUUGCAGCAGCAGAGCUCGCUCAGAUGGCUGGUGCACAACGUGUUGAAGGCACUCUGUUUGGAAAUGGUGAGAGAACAGGCAAUGUUGACCUCGUUACUCUUGCUCUCAAUCUAUAUACCCAGGGCAUCUCACCCGGUGUCGAUUUCUCGGAUAUCCUUUCCAUUAUUCGAGUGGUAGAGGAGUGCAAUAAGAUCCCGGUCAACGAACGCUGGCCUUAUGCGGGCAAACUGGUAUUCUGUGCUUUCAGCGGCAGCCAUCAAGAUGCUAUCAAAAAGGGGUUCCAAGCCCGUACUGCCGCUGGCCUCAAAGACGACGAUCCCUGGGAGAUGCCAUACCUCCCUCUCGACCCACAGGACGUUGGCCGAGACUACGAGGCCAUCAUUCGUGUCAACUCCCAGAGUGGGAAAGGUGGUGUCGCUUGGGUUAUACUCCGCAGCUUGGAAAUGGACCUCCCUCGUGGCUUGCAAGUUGCAUUCAGCAAAAUUGUACAGAAGGAUGCAGACCGUCUAAAUCGCGAAUUGAAACCCAACGAAAUCGUCUCUUUGUUUGAAGAAGCUUAUCACCUCAAGACAAACCCUCGCUUCAACUUGAUAGAUUACAACAUCACAGCAGAUCGUUCAACGACCCCAGCUCCUCCUGCCCCAGGCAAGGCUGUCAACACUCAGAACUUGAAGAGACGUUUCACCGGUAUCAUCGAAAUCGACGGCACACAACAUGGCAUUAUUGGUGUCGGGACUGGUGCAAUUUCCGCUCUUGCACAUGCCUUGCAUUCCCUGGGUAUCGAUCUUGACGUCGUUAACUAUACCGAGCACGCUAUUGGUCGUACUAGAGAUGUCAAGGCCGCAACAUACAUCGAAUGUACUGCUGAGGGCUGCUCCCAGAGCGUAUGGGGUGUCGGCGUCCAUCGUGAUGUUGUCCAGGCCAGUUUAAUCGCCUUGUUGAGCGCCGCUAGUUCGUUCUUAACCUCUCGUGCAAGCACUCCAUUCCGUCCAACUCGUACGCAAAACUUUAGCCAGGCGGACAUUGAUGCCUUGGAGCAAUUACAGGGGUAUAUGCCGCUCUCACCAAAUGGAUCAGAGAACAAAAAGGUAAAUAUCAAUGCGUUGGAAUCCGCAGCAGAGAACUUGUGA